AGGCUCACAGCUACUACAAUGCAUUCUGCUCUCCCUCGACCUUCUGAGCAGUGUCCUAAGUCCUGGAUCAGGAUGCUCGGCCCUGUGCUGUUGGCUCUCUCAGUGCUGUCUGUCUGCCUUUCUGGGGCCAGAGGAGGUAAAGUGCUGGUGUUCCCAGUAGGUGCCAGCCACUGGGUGAACAUGAAUAUCAUCAUUGAGGAGCUGCACUCCCGAGGUCAUAGCAUUACUGUAGUGCGAGACUCAAAUAACUGGUCCAUUAAAGAGGAGUCUCCCCAUUACAAGGCCAUCACUAUCCCUUCCAGUGACACUAUCUCCUCCAGUGACAGUGUCGAGGGGAACACCGACUCCUUCAUAAAGAAAAUGCUGAAUAUACGCAUAGAAGGCAAGCCUAACUGGAACACGGAACAGUCAAGAGAGCUAAUUGAAGCAUUUUCAAACAUACAUAGGGAUGAAUGCGCAAUGGUGUCUGCAAUGUUUGCUGAUGAGGCCCUGAUGCAGUCACUCCAAGAAGCCAAGUACGACUUAGUUCUGAGUGACCCUGUGAUAGCUAGUGGGAUGUUCGUAGCCUACCGUCUAAAGCUCCCACUGGUGUUCAAUGUCAGGGCGUCUCUUUUUGGAGACCCUCACACUCUCAUUGCCCCUUCUCCUCCAUCUUAUGUCCCUGUACUUAGCACUGGGUUUUCUGACCGCAUGUCAUUCUCCCAAAGACUAUGGAACUGGACUGUGUUCAUGAUGAGUAAGCUGUACCAGAAACAGAUUGCUGCUGAUUACUCAGAUUUCUGCAAUCGUUUCUUUGGACCGGAUGUAAACUUUAUGUCAUUGCUCCAGAAUGCAGAUUUAUGGCUUGUACGAUACGACUUCACUUUUGAGUUUCCACGCCCAACCAUGCCCAAUGUGGUCUAUAUUGGUGGGUUCCAAUGCAAGCCAGCUAGACCACUUCCUGUUGACCUGGAAGAGUUUGUCAAUAGCUCAGGGGAACAUGGGGUCAUCAUCAUGUCCCUUGGAACUCUGGUUGCCGAGAUCCCUAGUGACAUCACUGAAGAGAUUGCUGCAGCUUUUGCUCAGCUUCCCCAAAAGGUCAUCUGGAGAUAUAAAGGGGCCAAGCCCUCGACUCUUGGCAACAACACCUUGCUAGUGGACUGGCUGCCCCAAAAUGACCUGCUGGGACACCCAAAGACUAGAGUGUUUGUAGCCCAUGGGGGCACCAAUGGUGUCCAAGAAGCAAUCUCCCAUGGUGUCCCGAUAGUUGGCCUGCCUCUGAUGUUUGAUCAGCCAGAUAAUCUGUCCAAGAUGGUGGUGAGAGGAACUGCUAAGGUACUGGACAUUGCCACACUGGACAGAGCAGUGUUUAAGGACGCACUAGAGAAAGUGCUCUAUGAGCCGUCCUACAGGGAGAACAUGCAGAGGCUCUCCAGGAUCCACCAUGACCAGCCCACGAAGCCUCUGGACCGUGCCAUUUUCUGGAUCGAGUUCAUCAUGAGGCACGGAGGCGCCCCUCACCUGCGCACUCAGUCCUUCAGGAUGUCUUGGAUCGCGUAUCAUUCUAUAGACGUCAUAAUGACUCUGCUCAUGGCUCUGUUGCUCCUACUAUUGAUUAUGUUCCUGGCAAUCAAAAAAUGCUGUUCAGUUUUAUUCAAAAAGAAAGUCAAAAGUGAGUAAUGCUUAAUAUAAUAAUGCUGUAAAUCUACUAAUUAGCAUUUUUGCACAGUUUGUGUUCAUGAAACAAAUGCUUAUAUUUGUGCUGUGUUGUUAUUAUACCACAACAACAACAACAACAUGGGGCAUAGCUCCAUCAUCUUAACGGGGCAGCGAUGGUGUAGUGGUUUUAAGAAAUUCGGCUUCCGAGUGAAAGCCAGAUUGUGGAUUUGAUUGCCAUUUGAUUGAAAUGAUUGCCAGCAUAUCUCUGAGAUGAUUAUCAUACUGUGAAAAUAUUUGGAAAGAAGGAAUUUGGGAUUACUUUAUGGUGACUGCCACCUGACUGCUAACGUGCACCUUGAUUGUGAGAGUGUAACCAGAUGACCUUGACAUAUUUAUUGCAAUAAAAAAAAAAACUAUAAACACCGCCUUGGAUUUGAUCUUCUCACCUAUCCACCUGUAGAUGGUGGCAUUAAAUGAGUGAUACAUUCUCUCACACAUAAGCUGUAAAACACAUGCUGAAUCAUGCUGAAUCUCAAUCUCUCCCCUAAGCCCUGAACCCUGAGCCCUCACACACCUAUCUGACAUCAUUUGUAAGUGAUCAAGUUUGCAAGGGUGUAAAGGUUCAAAACACUAAUAACAGAAAAGGGACAGCACCUGCAACCUCAUCAUUCAUAUCAAAUUGGCAACACAAAAAUGUGUUGCAAGCACGUUUCCAUUAACAUUUUAUGGCAGUUGUUUACCAGUUUUUUCAAAGCUUCCAGCCUCCCUUUUUGUAACCCUGUGUUUCACAUCACAACACUAUGAAUUGUAGGUAAUUCCCUUGAGUAAAGUGUUAAACUAUGCCGACUUCGGUAAAGUGCUCAGAAAGGGUGCCACUUCACAAUUUCGUAGUGGGACAGCCCUAAGCUCUCACGAAGUUUGCAGGAACGCGCAUCAAAGUGUAUGAGUGCGUAAGGCGAGAGAUUGGGAUUGGCCCUAUUCACAGUUAUAAACUGGACCCUCCUCCCCACACACACAGUGUUAAAAGGCUCCUAUCACUUGGACUGUUCCAAUUCCCCUUUGGUUUGGUCCAUGUAUUUAUUUGGUCCGAGUUCUAGAGUAGCCUAAUCUCUGUAAAUUGGAGAUAAGAGCAGGGAAUUUAUGGAUGGUGUUUUUACACUCUCCUAUGUUAGUGUGCUUAGACUUUAUGUAAGUUGUGUUUGUGACAUACAACUAUGUUUUGGAUCAUUAUCUGCCAUGUUACAUAAUGUAUGUGAAAAUAACAAUAAAGCACGCACAUCCACUUGGGUGCUGUUUUUAGCCCUUCAUCAGACAUGAACAAAUGGUGAAAAACACCCAUACAUAUACUACUGUAUUCAGGGGAUCCUGAUUGGUGGUGUUAACAGGCAAUAAUUAAUCACAGCCUAUAACCUAUUAUUGUAACACAUACAAUCCCGAGAAUAAAGAGCAUAAACAUU